AUGAGCAUCGGCACAAGUCUCAUCCGUGUCGUUGUAAAUGAGCUUGAGGGCCUGGACGACUUCGCCCAUGAAAGGGCGGUGGGUGACCUCCGGGUGAACGCACAUGGCAGCAAUGGCGGCCACCUUAGCCAUGUCAUCGAAAUUGUAGGUUCCGGCAAGGGUGGGGUCCGCCAGCUGCUCGAGGCCAUCGCGGUUGGCGAGGAGGGGCCGGGCCCAUGUGACGAGGUUCUCCUGGCCUGGGGACUGGGACAUGUCGACAGGCUUCCGCCCGGUGAGCAGCUCCAGCAGGACGACCCCGUAGCUGUAGACAUCGCUCUUGACGAGCAAAUGUCCCGUCAUUGCGAUUCUUCAUUGGGGGAGUUUAAAGAAGUCUGA